AUGGCAACGCACCGCUUUGACCCCAACUUCACCAAAAAUGUCAUCAACGCUAUAGGUCCCAAGACCUCGCCACGUCUGCGUCAGCUAAUGACAGGGCUCAUCAAACAUGUGCACGACUUUGCGCGCGAGAAUGAGCUCACAGUGGACGAGUGGUUGGCGGGCGUGAAGCUGCUCAACUGGGCCGGACAGACGAGCGACGACAGGCGGAAUGAGGGGCAGCUGCUGUGCGAUGUGAUUGGAUUGGAGAGUCUCAUCGACGAAAUUACUUUCACCCGCGCCGGAGAAGCUAAAGAUGCACCAAUUGCUACUGCUAUACUGGGCCCGUUUUUCCGUGCUGACACGCCGUGGCGCCAGAAUGGGGAGGAUAUUGUUAAGACGAAGCCCGCUAAUGGGGAGAUGGUAUUUAUGCAUGGGCAGGUACUGGAUUUCGCGAGUAAGAAGCCGCUCGUUGAGUCGACGGUUGAAGUGUGGCUGGCCUCGACCAAUGGGUUGUACGAGCAGCAAGACCCCAUACAGGAGGAGUUUAACCUACGCGGCAAAUUCAAGACGGGUGAGGAGGGUAGAUAUUCUUUUUAUUGUUUGAGGCCGACGCCCUAUCCUGUCCCUAAUGAUGGACCUGAGGGCAAGCUCCUCGAGCUGAUGGAUCGGCAUCCCUUCCGGCCAGCUCACAUUCACAUCAUUGCCAUGCACAAUGGCUACCGUCCUCUCACCACGCAAAUCUUCGACCGUGAAGAUAAAUACCUGGACAACGACUCCGUCUUCGCGGUCAAGGAUUCUCUCGUGGUAGACUUUGUGCCCCGCAAGGGCGACCCUCAGGCUAGUCUUGAGCUGAACUACGAUAUCAAGCUUGUGAUGUUCGAUGCUGUCAAUGGUGCAUAG